CUGAACUCGUCAGGACAAAUCUUUUCUCGCCGUUCGUCCAUUUCACCGGUGCUCAGAAUCUCCAGUCGUCUUCUCCGAGAAGGAGUGCGACCAACCUUGGCGUCUUGUGGCCAUCAUCGACCUUCAGCCCGUCCUUGGAACAGCAGCCCCGUCGUCGGUCAUCAUACUGGAAACAUCAGCCCUGCCAUCUCCGGCCAACACCCAUCGUCCGAGUUUCACAACAGUAAAAUAAUCUCCGGUCGAUCGUCAUCCUCGCGAGAUCUGGUCCGUCUCCAGCCCCACUCGAUCUUUUUCUCUGCUCAAUUAACAAAUGACCUCAUACAGCCGCAGCCCGUCCCACGUGCGGCCAUAAUGACUCAUGUUUCCAUAGCCGCACGCAACCAGCAAGACCGGCCAGACACGACUAAGAAAAAAAAUCCGGCCAUCGUGCAUCCAACGCGACCAAUAGCUUCUCGCUGGAAAGCCCUCGCGAUGGGAGGCCCAAGCGAAGCCCGAGAGUUCAUCACCAGCCACAGACAAAUACCCUCUCCAUGA